AUGGUGUGCCGGGAAGGCGUUAACCGGACUCCGGAGUGCCAAGUGUGCAGGAUCUUGGGCUGGGCGGCUACCGGACAACCGUGUGGAGGGAGGGCUGUCGGUGGUUGUGCCUGGCGCUGGCGGCCGAGCGACGAGCGACGAGCGCAGGCUGCAACGGAUCUCCGACCAGGGCUCGCCGGCAGCGGCGUAGCACGCCUGUGCACCAUCUGCCAAGCACGGGCGGCUAAGGACGACGAUCGUGCACAGUGUGCAGGCAGUUGGUGGGAGCAUUUCUAUCAAAACAAAGCUUCGGACUGUGCUGGCGGUGACGAGAAGCAGGAAGCAGCAACAGGCGGCGGAUACGAAGAGGGAGACGGGGAGGAGGCGUGGCUGGCGGCAAGCUUCGGCCAGUACGGGACGUGGGUGGAGCUGCCCGAGAACAUGGACAUGGAUAAGAUCGGCGCAGAGGUGAGGGAUGGCGUGCUCUACCUCACCAUACCCAAGCUGACAGCAGGGGGUGAGGUCGUCAACAUCCAGGUGCAGUGA